AUGAACUGCCAACUUUGGAAAAUAAAAAUAUUUGUUGAUAUUAACUGUCGAUAAUAACAAAGAACCGUCAAAGGUUUUAAACAGCGUAGAAAGUUUCACAAGCGAAACUAGUCUGAUUUUAAAUGCGUGUUAUUAUUAAUAUAACCAGCAGAUGACGCAGUGCACACGGAAGUAAACGUUUUUGUGUACAUAAUGGCGAACAUCUAUAUAUUUUUAUUUAAUUAAAUAAUGUAACAUGAUACACUUUAAAUUAUAACAAAUGUCAAUAAUUAAAGUAUCUAUGUAAUAUAAAACUAUUUCGUUCAUUUAAACACGUCAUGACCGGGGAUGCAAACACAAAUUAAAUCCCUUAAACAUGCAUUCGUUUUUUUAUUAUUAUUAAGUGAUUGUAAUGCGUCGCAAAUAUAAAAUUAGCUAAAUCAAUGAGUAAUACGAUCAGUUGUAAACUUCGUUCUCGUAAAGUUUCACCGGAAGCUGAAAGUGAGUGUUUCCGGUACGCGUGGCCGCUUCUGUGACAGCUGCUGCUGCUCGAGACAGAGAAGAUGAUUUCGCUCAGCGACUCGCAGAAAAUAGGAAUGGGGCUGACAGGAUUUGGGGUAUUCUUCCUGUUUUUUGGGAUGAUCCUGUUUUUUGAUAAAGCUCUACUUGCCAUAGGAAAUAUCUUGUUCGUUGUAGGUCUGGCGUUCGUCAUCGGGUUGGAAAGGACCUUCAGGUUCUUCUUCCAGAAGCACAAAAUGAAAGCCACCAGCUUCUUCUUGGGAGGCGUCUUCGUGGUGCUGAUAGGAUGGCCCAUCGUCGGAGUCGUCCUAGAGUUUUAUGGCUUCUUUCUUUUAUUUAGGGGUUUUUUCCCAGUGGUGGUGGGCUUCAUCAGAAGGAUUCCUGUGUUGGGCUAUUUGCUCAAUCUUCCCUUCAUUAGCGGGCCGUCCUAAGGCUGAGCGGACAGUCGGCCAACUUGUACGUGGACAAAAUGAGCGAAAGCAACAACAUGGUUUAACAGACUCUUUUCUUACUGCUUAUUUAUGACGGCUUUUGUUCAGUCGUGUCUCCAUCACAAGGACAUCUGACUGAUAUUUACAUCAGCGAGGAAAACAAGCCAAAACAUAAACACAUCCCUCAAGAGUUUUCCCCAGCGCAGACCUUCUGAAGACGUUUGCGGCUGGCUCUUGAGGAACGCUCUGUCGAAUGUGUGGAAGAGACUUCUGGAAGUCUGCUUUCUGUUACAGUACCGGCCUUGUCUGGCUUGUGUUUUAAGCUGGAGGUUGACUACAUCUUUUUUUUUUUUUUGCUCCUUUUUCCCCAUCACGCCUGCUGAAACUGCAAAGGUGAUAGUUACACUUUCUUUUGUGAAAUUAAACGUUACUAAUUAUCAGGCUGGCAUACAGAGAUGUUAUUGUUUUUAUUAUUAAUAUUAUUAAUUUUAUUCAUAAGGUACUAUUAUAUAUUAUUUCUCUGUCUUUAAUGGUUUAUGUCCAACCUUUGUCACUGUAAAAAUCCCUGAACUGGGAUUUGCAAAUGAUUGAGCUGCCACAAAGUUUUGUAAAUAUAUAUUUAAAAAAAUACUGUUAUUACUAUUA